AUGCGGCUGGCUGGGCUCAUCGGGCUGGCGCUGGCCGCGGUGUUGCCGCCGGCCGCGCGCGGUGGUGACGAUGACCCGCCCGACGCGGCCGACGCGGUGGCGGCCCUGCUCGCAGAGGCGCAGGAGGCGCAGGAGGGGCCAGGCGAGCUGAUCGCGCUGCCCCCUAUGGCCAUGGGGGGGCCCAUGAUGAUGGGGCCCUUCGCGCAUGUCGGCGGCGGCCCAGUGGCGAUACACAUGGGGCCGGAGGUGCUGGAGAUGGGCAUGGGCCCAGGGGACCUCAUGGACCUUCUGGACAUGGGCCCGCUGGCGGCCCUCGGCGGGUUCUCGGUGGACUCGCCGGGCGGCCCCGGCGGGGAGCUCACCGACGAGGGUCCGGUGUCGCGGGGCGGCAUGGGGCAGGGCGGCCUCGCCACCCUUUUCGACAUGGUGGGCCAGCAGAUCCAGCAGGCGGCCAAGAGCGGCGGGGACUUCGAGGUGAAGAGGCUGGGCGAUCGGAUGCAGCUGGUUGCCUCGCUGCCCGACUACAAGGAGGACCCGCCCAGCGUGGAGGUCCUGGGCCACUCCUUGAUCGUGCGGGGCCAGAAGACCACUGGGUCCAUGGUGCACAGCUUCCAGCGGAGCUUCCAGCUGCCUCAGGGCGCCGAUGUCGACAACAUCCACGUCGAGUACAGCAAGGUCGACGGGAAGUUCUCCGUGGACGUGCCGAUCAACGCCAAGGCCUCCGCCGCGAAGGGGGGCUCCAGCGCCGCGAUGACGCUGUCGAGCGACUCCGCGAGCGACGACGGCCCGCCCCUGAUGGACAUGCUGGACCCGCUCAGCGGGGGGUCGCAGAUGACCUUCACGUUCUCGUCGGGAGGGCCCGGCCCGCGCGCACCCGUCAUCGACCCGCUCAUGGAGUUGCUGCUGGGCCACUCUCCCUUCGAGCGGCUCGGGCUCCCCGGCAUGGCCGUCGUCCAGGAGCAGCCGGCGCGGGGCGCGGGCUCUCCGCGGCGGAAGGCGCCCGUGGCGGUGCACUCGAAGGACGCGAAGCCCUUCUGGCGGCUGGUCAACGACGGCCUCUUCGACAAGAAGGGGCUGGCGGUAGACCCGGCCAUAGAGAUCGUGGCCCCGCGGGGCGUCCAGCUGGGCAAGGUGCGGAACGGGCGCGUCGACAUGUACAACGCCACCGGCGAGGACGCCCUCCGCGGGCAGCGCGCGCCCGCGGGGCACCUUGCGCUGCCGGUCAACGUGAGCGAGAGGGACUGCAAGUGGGCUUCGGGGCCGGACUCCGUGAGCCCGUGGUUGCCGCUGUGGAUGCUGGGCGGCACGGGCCUGGUCGUCGGCGCCAUCACGCACUACCUGGCGGGCCGCCAGCGGGCCGCGGGCAAGGCCGGCAGGAGGUUCGAGGCCAGGCUGGUGAGGCUGGGCCAGGGCGUCUGCGUCUGCUGCCUGCUGUGCGGGGUGCUGCUCUCCUCCUGCCUGCUCUACCGCCACAGGCAGCUCGAGCUGGAGGAGAGGGUGCUGCACUGCAGGGUGAACCCCGCGGACCUCAGGAGGGUGGGCGUGCGGGUGCAGGGGGAGCUGUGA